GAAAAAUUUGUUGACAGCAACACAAAAUUUUUAUUUCUUUGCAAAAAUUAAAUCAAAUUAGAGUUAGACAUGUCAAAUAAAAAGAAAACAACACCAAAACCUUCUCCAAAGAACACUUUGUUCAGUUAUUUCACGAAGAAUCCUCCGAAAACACCUGUAAAUAUUGAAAGUGAGGAAUUGAAAGAAAGUUCGCUGAAAGUCGAAGAAGAAACCCCAAAAGUUCUGAAAGGAAAGAAAUUAGAGUUUGGCAAGCGUUCAUCACUUCAAGAUUCCAGCGAUGAAGAAGAAAUCAACAAAAAUCCUUCUAAGAAACGUCGCAUUGUUGAUUCCUCUGAGGAUGAGGAUCAAGACACUGAAAAUACCGACUUAAAUAAAUCCAGUUCAGAUGAUGUAAAGAAAACAAUUAAAAGAUCUUUCACUGAAUGUCAAACUGAAAGCAAAUUUCCAACUCCAAAAGUUUCUAAAAAGACCGAAACAUGUAAAAAAGAUUCCGAACCAGCUACUGCCGAAAAAGACGCACUUUUGAUGGUUGAUAACUUAAACAAAGUGUGGGUGCACGAAGAACUUCCCUUUUUGCAGCCUGAUAAGAUUCGCGAUAAAAAUAAGAAUCGUCCAAAUCAUCCUGAUUAUGAUCCAAGAACUGUUUAUGUACCUCAAGAUUUCAUUGAAAAGCAGACACCAGCAAUGGCUCAAUGGUGGACACUCAAAUCUGGUCAUUUCGACUGCAUUUUCUUCUUCAAAGUGGGAAAGUUUUAUGAACUUUAUCACCACGAUGCGAUUGUUGGUGUGAAGGAACUCGGCUUCACAUUCAUGGGAAAGGAUAAUCAUGCUCACUCAGGUUUUCCUGAAUCUGCCUAUGAAAAGAUGGCAUCAAUCCUUGUCGAACGAGGCUAUAAAGUGGCAAGAGUUGAACAAACAGAGAAUCCUGCAAUGAUGGAAGAAAGGUGCAAACGUGAAGGCACUAAAGGAAAAUUUGCUCGUGUCAUGAAACGUGAAGUUUGUCAAAUCACUGAUCGAGGUACUCAAAUCUUCACAAGCGGUCAACAAAAGAUGAACAUCUCGUCAGAUCCUCAUUUCAUGCUCACAAUUGCCGAAUCAAAAGUGUCACCAACACAAAGUCGUUAUGGAAUUUGUUUCAUUGACACGACAAUCGGCGAUUUUACGAUUGGAGAAUUCGAAGAUGAUCAACAAUGUUCAAGGCUUCUCACACUUUUGUCACAUUACAUGCCGGUUUUAUUACUUCACGAUCGAAAACAAAAAGCUCAGCAUACGGAGAAAAUCAUCAAAGCUUUGAAUGUUUUAAAGGAACCACUGACAGAUGAGAAGCAAAUGUGGAAUGGACAGAAAACUCUCAAAUAUAUGUAUGAAAACAUUUACAGCAAUGACGAUAAAUGGCCUGAAUGUCUGAAGAAGAUGCAAGAGGAUCAUUUAAAGCCUUUGGAAGGUUGUGAAUUGGCAUUGAAAGCUUUGGGUGGUUGUCUGUGGUAUUUGGAAAGAAAUCUUUUGGUGAAACAAAUUUUGUCUCUUGCGACUUUCAAACGUUACUUUCCACCCGAUCAAACGAUGGAAGUGGAGUUGAAGAAUAAGAAAAAUUAUCAAAAGUCAAUGGUUCUUGAUAACAUUACGCUAAGCAACUUGAAUGUCGUCGGAAAGGAUGCUUCGUUGUUCUCUAAAAUGGAUUUUUGUUGCACACAAUUCGGUAAGCGAUUAUUGAUGGAAUAUCUCUGCACACCCACAACAGAAAUUAAGGAAAUUCGAGGACGACAAGAAGCUGUUAAGGAGCUUUAUGGAAAUGUUGAACUUCUUCAAGAUUGUCGAGGAAUUUUGAGUUGUUUGAACAUUGACUUGGAACGUUCACUUGCACAAAUUCAUCAGAUUGGUAAUCGUGAAGCGAUGAAAGAUCAUCCCGACUCACGAGCUAUUUUAUAUGAAACUCAAACUUAUGGAAAAAACAGAAUUUCUGAUUUUGCUGCUCUUCUUAAAGCUUUGGAUUUAAUUAUGGAUUUACCGAAAAUCUUUGAAAAUUGCAAUUCGAAACUUUUGAAGUUAAUCACACAAACGAAGGAAAAUGGUGGAAAUUUUGAAAAUAUGUCAAAAGAAAUCUCAAAAAUUAAAAAUGCGUUUGAUAUCGAAGCUGCUCUCAAAAGUGGCUUCGCAGUUCCUGAAAAAAACGCCGAUCCCGAAUACGAUUCAAUUCUUGACGGGAUUGAUGAACUCGAAGUUGAACUUCGCGAGUAUUUGAAAGAACAAGAAAAGAUUUUCGGUUGCAAGUUGUCGUACUUUGGAACUGAUCGUAAAAGAUAUCAAAUUGAAGUUCCAGAAUCGAAAGCAAAGAAUGCUUCGAGUUCGUAUCAACUCGAAAGUACAAAGAAAGGAAAAGAUCCACUAAAACGUUACGUCACUGAUGAAACAAAAGAUUUCUUAAAGCGAAUGCAACAAUUAGAAGAACAGAAGAAAAAUUGUUUGAAUGAUUUUGCAAGAAAAGUUUUUGGAAACUUCUCAAUAAACUUCUCAAAAUAUAAAACCAUCGCAAGUUUGGUCGCGAAACUUGACGUCUUGGCAGCAUUUGCGGAAUAUGCUCGAAAUCAAAACGUGGUUUGCGUUCCUGAAGUUCAUGAAAUGUCGGAAACAGCAGGAAAAAGUCUGUUGAAGAUUGAAAAUGGAAUUCAUCCGUUAAUGAACGCUGAUGAUUUCAUUCCGAAUGGUAUUGACAUUCCCAGCAAUGGAAAAGCAUUUUUCGAACUCAUCACUGGUCCAAAUAUGGGUGGCAAGUCAACAUUGAUGCGAGAAGUUGCUUUGCUAUGUAUUAUGGCACAAACUGGAUGCAUGGUGCCAGCUGAUUCCAUGGAAUUAUCAAUUGUUGACCGAAUCUUCACAAGACUUGGCGCUAAUGACAACAUCAUGGCAAAUCAAUCAACUUUCCUAGUGGAAUUAAACGAAACAUCGUUGAUCUUAAAGCAUUGUACACACAACAGCCUUGUUUUGUUAGAUGAACUUGGUCGUGGUACAUCAACAUACGAUGGAACUGCAAUUGCACGAUCUGUCGCUAAUUUCCUUGCCAACAUGAAAUGCCGAACUCUGUUCUCAACGCAUUACCACAAUUUAGUCGACAGUUUUUAUGGCGAUGAAAGAAUUCGUCUGGGACACAUGGCAUGUAUGGUUGAGAAUGAAAACUCUGAUGAUAUCACAAAAGAAAAUGUCACAUUUUUGUACAAAUAUACAACGGGAAGUUGCCCGAAGUCGUUUGGAUUCAAUGCUGCGAAAUUGGCUGGAAUUCAAUUGGAGAUUAUUCGUCGUGCACAUGAGAUUUCUAAGCAAAUGGAAGCUGAAACAUUGAAACGUAAGAUAACAUCGAAAAUACUACAAAAUGGAAAUACAGAAGAAGUUAAGAAUCUCGUUGCCAAGUUUAAAAGCUGUUAUGUUUAAUUCCAUAUUUCCAUUCUAAUUAGCUAUUAUUGAUAAUUAGUUCUAUAAGCACAAUAAAUUCCAUGAGAUUCCAUGAAUGUGGUGCGGGGCUCUUCAUUUGAGGAAUUUUAUGCCAGGAAUACCUUAAGGUCGGAUUGACAUUUGAAGAUUAAUUGUUAAUUAAAGCACAAUAAAUCUGCGUUUUGAAAUUUGUGUUUUGAAUUUUUACUUCAUUUUGAAUCUCAUUUGAAGCUUUUGCAGUCUCUUUUUCAUCUUGAUCUU